AUAGUUCUUUAAAAAGGCUGGCUUUUCUAUUUAUACGGGCUUUUUUGUCAGUGAGGUUGUGGGCCUCCUCCUAUGAAAACUGCUGCAACUUGUGGAGUGUCGUGGGCAUGCUAACCUGUGCUUUUUCAUUCACUGGGAUUAGUGCAUUAGUUCCUUUUUUCUGUUUCUGCCAAAUGCUGUGUGUCACAUCUAACAGAUGAGKUUUCUGCCUCCCUUUUUGGAUGCUGCAUUCCUCAGUACUGCCUUUUUCAUUUGUUUGUUAUUGUGAUGARGCUCCUUUCCUUAAGCCUCGGGGAAAAAAAGCAAGUGUCUGUGCAGCUUCUUGAUGUGCAGCACUGAGAAGUGGAUCCACCCUUGGGCUGUCAUUGCCUGGCACUAGUGGUCUUUCUGACUGUUCAGUUUUUCUAAGAAAUGGAAAAGCUGAUUGCUUGUGCACACAAAAGGCCAGAUGCUGUCUGUAGAUUGAUUUGCUUUCCAUGGGCUGGAAGUGGAACUUCUCAACUUGCUCAAUGGGGCCAACACUUCAGCGACUCAAUUGAAGUGUCCUGUAUAAGGUUUCCUGGAAGAGAAAAUCGUCUUGAUGAGCCUUUUGCAGAAGACAUGACAAGCAUAGUUAAUGAAAUUACAAGUGUUUURUUAAAAGAAUUGAAAGAAAAGCCAUUUGCAUUUUUUGGUCACAGUUUUGGAUCUUACGUAUGUUUUGCAGUUGCACUUAAUUUGAAAAAAAAGUACGGACUGGAGCCAGUCCAGCUGUUCAUAUCAGGGGCACAUGCCCCACACUCUGAAGCAGUGCUUCCCCUCAAAAACCUACCCAUAUCUAAUGCCACAGAUGAAGAACUUACUGCAGGUCUAAAGAAUUUAGGAGGAAUUCCCUCUCAUCUUCUGCAGUUUGAAGAUGUUAGGAAACGUCUGCUGCAUACUUUCAGAGAAGACUUUAGAGUUCUUCAGACAUUUUCAUUUGAGAAGGCAGAAAUGGAUAUUCCCUUCUCUUGUGACAUUACAUGCUUUAAUGGGUCUGAUGAUGAACCACAUGAUUCACAAGGUUGGCAAGAAAUAACAAGUGGAGAUACUUCCUUUUAUGAACUUCCUGGAGGUCACUUCUAUCUGCUGGAACCUGCUAAUGAAAUUUUCYUGAGAAAACACAUAACAAGAUGCAUAGAAAAUGCUGGUCUAUAAGUAUUUCCCUCAAAAUUGAUAGCAGAAUGUGUAAUGGUUAGUCCACAGCAAUUUGUAAUAAGUCAUCCUUUCUCUGCAUGCAAUUGUGCCUAAGAGUUGUUCUGUUCCUCCUCUGUAAUCCUUUAAAGGGGGAGGGGGGAGGGGGGGGAGAGGCUGAUAUUUUUGGAAACAAAUGCAUUCAUCUUUUCCCUCUUCUCCUGUAUGUGCUCAAACUCUUCACUUUACUCCCCAACCUUGUUUGCAAAAAAAUCACAUCUACGCUACUUUACUGUUAGAGCUUCUCUGUUUGCCUGCUCCAGUCAAAAUGCUAAAUCUAAUUUAAUACACACAAAAAAUACACAAUUCUUACAGAAAACUUAAUUUAUUAGGUUCAAAUUUAUUUAGAAUAAGUUACAAGCUAAAAAUAUAUUCUAUAUGUAAAUAUCCUUUACAGUGAAACAUCUUAUGCUUUAAAAAUAUAUUAGUGUCAGACUACCAAAUAAGGAGUUAGUAUUGCAUUUUUCUCAAGAGUUAGUACAUUAGCUACUGAAGAGUUAGUUAUUAAUGGGAAUUAUUUUGAAUACUCUAGAUCCCAUAUUUUUCUACCAUUGCUUUUGCUUUAGAGAUAUAGGCAUUCAUGGCAUCCUCCUUUGAUAAACCUGCAAAGAAAAGUAGAAGUCAUUAUAUUUCCUCAUUUGUCAUUCUAUAAACUUGACUAUAAGAUGUAAAUUUAACUGGUGUAGCACCUUUUUUCAGGUUCCAUGCCUCCCAUUUGGCUUUGCCUUUCAAAUCUAGCAUUCCUGGACAUUCUGCCAAAAUAAAUGUGUAGCUUUGAUUAUCAUGCAGAUUUACAUAGCAUUAACUUGAUUUUAUCAAGACAUAUGAGUAAAUGUGAAAUAUAUAUAGGAAUACCAAUAUUAAUGUCUCCAACAGUAGCCUGUUUGUAGAGUCCAUAUAGCUCCUUCAGYUCUUCAUCAGUUGGUCUUGUUUUUAAUUUUUUUACAUCUUCUGCAGCACCAUCAAARUCAGCCUGAUGAAAGAACAGAAAGUGUUAGCUCUCCUCUCAAGGGGUGUAUUUAAAACAUGAGGUGUAGAACACACAGUAGUAUCUUUAGAUAUUCUCAAUGACUCACUUGGGUUUAGCAAUCAGGCAAGGCAUUUKCCCAUGAAAGAAGUUUCAUAAACCUGUAUGUUGUUAGAAAGGGAUAUAGGUUUAUGUGGCUGGCAGGGGUAAGCAGCCUCCACAACUUAUGCGGUGUGUAUGUCCUUCACACUGCAGGUGUGAAGGGAUUCAUUGAACUUUACACUCCACAGUAAUCUCUCAAUCCUUUUGGCCCUGCCUGCACUGUGUUUGCUUGAGUGGUGGAGCUUAAAUCCCCCCCAAGGGGUACUUCCUGCUUCACCCUCCAUUUCCACUGCUCUGCUGACAGGGAAGUAGGUGAMAACAGCUGGCACACAGGUACCUCAUGGAGAUGAGCUACUGCCAGGACCACCUUCCACAGCCAGCUGAAACACAGGGGAGCACCAGAGUGAAGUGUCAGUUUACUGUGUUCGUCAUUGUACAUCACACAUUCACAUCAACCUCAGGAUGUGGCCAUUCUCACAGGCUAACUCUCAGGCUAAAGUUUCAAGUUCUGUUUCAUGCCUAGGAUSUUUCAGAGAGAGACAGAUUUUGUACAGUGACAAUGCAGGCCCAUCAGGUCACUGCAUUACUCUAAUGCGGGAAGAUUCAAGCACUUUUAAUAUGCUACAUGUUGGUUUCAACAAUUAUUUUAGCUUUUAAGUUGGAUCUGCAUUUGCAGAAGCACAGUAUAUCCUGCACACAAACUUAAUAUGUACAAAACCAGCUAUAUUGAUUUUGUGUGGCCUGGGUUUUAGUACUGGGGGGGCGCUGCAGGGGUGGCUUCCGUGAGAAGCUUCCAGAAGCUUCUUCCAUGUCCAGCAGAGUCAAUCCCUGAUGGCUCCGAAGAUGGACAUGACUGGCCAUGGCUGGGCCAGUSUCCUGGUUUUGCUUGGUCCAUGUUUUUGGUGGUGGGGGGAUGGGACCAAGAAACCACAAAGAUGGCUCCUGUGAGAAAGUUCUAGAAGCUUUCUCCAUCUUCUCCAGCAAAAGGAGUCUUGCCUCCUGUGUUUUAGAACCAACCCAUUAUGGCUCUGAGGUUGAUGGACAGGCUGCUGGUCAGGCCUGGGCCAAUUGCACAUGUUGGUUACACCUCUGUGAUGAUGUAUGGUCUUGUACUUAAGAAGAAUUCAAAACAAGAUACAGUGCGGUUGCCAUUAGUUUUUAGGUUGUUAAUAUCAUCCCCUGCACCGGGGGAGGACAGAGGAGGAGGGUGAGGAGAUGUAAGAGAAAAAAUGGAGACACAAGAUCACAGUAAGAAGAAGACAGGUGCUGUUGCUGUGGUGCUCAAACAUGGAGAAAACAAGCUGUUCUCAAAAGGACUAUUUCUUCAAUGGGAGACCUGUAUAGAAAAUAGAAGCCCUGCACCCGAGAUAAAAAAAAAAAAAAACCUGGCCUUGAAGGACUGGACUGAUCAUAAGCCGGAAAGGGGGAAGAGGCUUGGCCCCCCGCCACGUCCAAAGCGAGUUGAUGCUUAGACAAAACUGUGUUCUGCCAGGAGAUUUGAGAGAGUGGCCUUGCCCCGGAAUGAAGMAACCGGCCUUGGAGGACUGUUUUCCUUUCUCCCACGAGGUAAAGAAAAAGAAUCCCAUGCCACCAGCAGUUAUACACUGACUGUUCCUUGGGAAAAAAAUCUUCCACAGCUUGGAGCUCUAAGAGCUCUUCUCCUAUGGUGCUGGAUGACAACCAUAAUGAGUAGUCUGAUCUAUGUUAAACUUUCACCCCUGCCCCCUGUGUGUGCGGGAAGGCAUAGAGGGGUGGGGAGGGGCGCCUGGGAGAGACAGGUUCGCAGAGAGAAUAACAGGUGUCUUAAAAUGUCCGUUUUUUUCCUUCUCCUAGUAAAUUUUUCCCUAUCUCUGUAGUCCUUAGUAAUGAAUCUAUUUUGCAACUUAA